GGAUGAGGAGCAGGGAGAAGAAAGCAUUAUGGAAAAUGCCAAUCGAUUAAGUGCUCAAGAAACAGCUUUCCUUAAAAAAUAUUUCACCCUGCGUAAAAAAUGUGAACAAAUGCAACAGGCAAAUGAAAAACUUGUGAACAGGCUCCAGCACGUGAAAAAAAUUAUAAAGAAGUACAAAAGAGAAAGAAGAUUUCUGGUGAACAGAUUGGAGGAGUAUGGAGACAAUUACAAAGAUGUUCCUGUGCCAGUUAUGUGGGAGGAAGACCAGCUAUACAGCUUCCUAAAGCCUCCUCCCCCUUACCCAGAGAUACCCAUCCCCCAGGAGGGAUUGACAGAUGGCUUGGCACCACCCAUCAGUGCCUUGUCCCCAGGAGUGGGAUUUGAAUCCCUCUCAACGGUACACCCCAUCUUAGCUGGUCUGGGGGUUGGGGAGGAAGGGCUACUGUCCUCAUUGUCACCAACCCCUGGGGGGUCAGGCCAGCCCAAGGCUAAGAGGAUGAAGACGGAUAAAAUGGAGAAAGAUCGAAACGCUCCUAAAAAACCUGCAAAUGCUUUCCUGAUGUUUUGUCAGCAACAGCGUAAUACUGUUCAAGAGGAGUAUUUUAAGGAAAAGAGUGAGGAAAUCAGCCACCAGGAGCUGACAAGGAGACUAGCACAGCGUUGGAAUAGCCUCGCUUCUGAAGAAAAACGGAUAUACUAUGAGAUGUAUGAAAGGGAAAAGGAGCGCUAUGACAAAGAGAUGAAGGAGUAUGCGACAAAGGAAGUUAAUAUCAAAGUUGAGGACGAUAUAACAGUAAAUGUGACAGAGCCCCAUUUGGACAUAUUAACCCCUGACCUCAUCAAAACAGAGUUGCUAUAGCGACAGAUGUGAGAUGACAGCAUUGUCUUGCUAUGGAAGUAGUGUUGGUUGCGGAGUUGUGGGAAAUCUGUUGUCAAGGAAAUGUUAAUGGCUGAAAAUGGAGAGGAUUGGACUCUCCUUGCCAUUACAAGUAAAUGACACAUCAAUAUUUGUUAUUCUGAAACUUGCAAAUUGCUAAGAAUAUUUGUAUAUGAAAGGCCAGCUUUGAAUGUAAAUGAUGGCUAAUAAAUAAGUACGCUGACAGUAGCAUUUAUUUAACAGAGGAUGGUCAUUCACAUGAUACCAAAUUCAUCAUCAAAUCACUGUUUGAUUUACAAAACGUGCAAAGAAACUUAUGCAUACUUGGCCCGUAUAUUUCCUUUCUCAGGUGACUCAUUUUGCUUUAUUCUGAUUGACUCUUCUGCCUUGUUUGUAAUAUUUAAUUUAUCUCUUUUCAGAAAACCAUUGUAUACUUUUGAAAAGUGCCUUUCUAAAGGCUAAACUUUAAGUGAAAUCCACUGACCAAAUAUUUCAUGACUAAUGAUUCACAUUUAUGAUGGCAGACUCUUAAAACUAUAACUACAGUCGUAAUCUUUAUCAGCAAAGUGUUCCAUAAGCUUUGAGAUGAUCAGUAGCAUUUGACGAAUUUAUUAAUUGUUCUACAUGGUCUUGUAGAUAAAUAAAUGUCUUGUUGGUAACAUUUGUACAAAAGUUGUCCCCCUUGGUCUGCCUGAUUAGUAGAUUAUUUCCCUUGGGUGGGACACCACCAGUCAUUAUGGUUGUACAAAAUCUUCCCCUGUUUGCCCAUCUGUGUGUUGAAAAGUGAAACAUGAGGAAUUUGUAAAAGGAUACAACCAGAAAAGA